AUGAAUGCGCUUGAGCUGCAGAAGAACCCCCAGCUGGACCGGUAUUUUGUUCGGGACCUGAACCAGGAGCCGGGGGGCUGGGCGCUGGCGGACGCGUCUGUCGACGCCGUGGUCUGCUGCGUCAGUGUGCAGUACCUGCAGCAGCCCGAGGCUGUGUUUGCCGAGGUGUACCGCGUCCUGAAGCCCGGGGGUGUCGCCAUAUUCACCUUCAGCAACAGGAUGUUCUACGACAAGGCCAUCUCAGCCUGGCGCGACACCACUGGCUACGGCCGGUGCCAGCUCGUAAAGCAGUACUUUGGCUGCGUGUUCGGGUUCACAGAGCCCGAGGUGCUGCUGGAGGUCGCCCCCAGCAGCGGAGGUGCCGUCGGUGCCGCGCCCGACCCGCUGGCGCGCCUGCUGCGGCCGCUGCAGCAGCUGUUUGAGCGGGGGUCGGCGGACCCCUUUUACGCGGUGGUGGCCUACAGAAACUUCAGGAGGGAGGACGUGUGA